CAGAUGACCGACUAAAAGAAAUAUUCUUGCAGAUACUGAAAUUGCAUUUUCAGAUGACUCCAAUUAAAUUGGUCUCUUUCAUCCUUGGAGCAUCCUGGCUUUGUGCACGUUGAAGUGUUUUUUUGGGGGGUCCAAUUUUAACUUCUGUUCCAAGGGGUUUUUUUGCAGCGUGUAAACUCAUGGUGGAGGUAUGUUUACAUUGAGCGUCUGAUACAGAUCAGCUACUCUGUAGAUGUACAAUUUUCUGUCCUACAGUUGAUAUUCAGUAGAGAUAUUGCAGUUUAUUUCAGCGGAGGGACAGGCCCAAGAAUUUAUUGCGAGACAAACAGCUCUGCUCCUGGCGCCUCAGACAGCUCUGGAAGCAUUUUCCAUGUGUGUGCAUGUGCCUGGGUGUAUGCACUUGCAGAUGCAAAAGGCAGAGCAUGUAUAUUUUUUCUAUAUUAAGGCAUCUGUUUCUUUUCCUUUAAAAGAAAGAAAAAAAUCAUAUCAUUUUGGCUGUGUUGCUUAGUUCCAAUGAGAUGCUACAGAGACAACAAUUGGGAGACUUUUUACUGACAGGAACCGGCUGCAUCAACAUAUGUAGGCUACAUCGUAUUUUUUUGUAGACCAACUUGAGGGAGGCUGUGCCAAAGCUGUUUUGUACACAUGAAGGCAAAUCAAAUUGUUCUGCUCUUCUCUGGCAAUGUACUGGCAGUUUUGGAUUGUACAAAGGGUGAAUGAUCCAGGUCAGAAUGAGGAAAUAGGAAGAGAGAAAGGUAUUGAGUAGUUGUACUGGCAUCCCUCUGGUCUCCCUUAACUCCGGGGAAUGUUUCUCUUUCAUCUUUGCAACAAGCAGGUGAGCAUGUUCAUUCCAACUGGCCUGAUAAUUGUGUUACAAAGGGAGACGUGCCUGCCUUCUAGGAAUUCCAUCCUUUCUAUUAUAAAAGGUUUUCAUUCUUCUUGGGUGAUCAGAAAGAAUGCAGAAAGAAUCUGGAAAAGCAAAUGGAAGUGGCUCAGCUUACUUUAAAAUCUAAGAGUUCAGAAGUUCUUCCAUAAAGUGAAAACUUAACGAGCAUCUACAACAAUGCCUCCUUCUAAUUUAGAUCAUCAAAUUAAAUUUUGCAAAGAAAACUAAGCACCAAAUUCUAGUCCUGACAGGCAACAAAAGCACGAAACCGUUUUCACACAUGUAAUGGUGCAUGCUGCUUUGUACCAAACUUCACAAAGGUAAUAAGCAGGGUGUGGGAUUCUUUUAUUUCCCACCUACUUUAUUGUUCUCUUCCUAACUCCAAUUUUUUUUGCAAGGCAAGUUUCUGGUUUUGAUGCUGCUUUUCUAAAAGUGAGAGGGCAGAAUAAUGGAGAGAGGUUUUUCCUGGUGUCUUUUCUGAGUCCGUAAAAGUUGCUAAAGCAGUUGUGUAAAGCAGAACUUGGGGGAAUAGCAACUUCUGCAGGGAGAAGCUGCAGAGAGGGAGACCAGGGAGGAGGAGGAGAACCACUUUUCCCUUAACUUGGGGGAAUCCAGCUUCCCUGCUAAUGCAGAUAAAUCUCCAUUUCUGUAGAAUGACAGAUAGACUCCGCCGAGAUUUCUGAUUCUUUGCUGGUGAGCUGUCCCUUUUGCUUCUGCACAACUGCUGAUUUUAAAAAUGUCAUAUAUUUUAAUGACAUGCCUAAAUUUGGAAAAUAAUAACAAGCUUAAAUAACAUUAACAAUGUGCUUAAGUUUGGCAAAAUUAGGUUGUGUAAUUCUUUCUUAUUUCUUCACAAGUUACUUAGUUCUGACUUGCCAUCUUUUCAUCUGUCCCAAAUUUCACAUGGUUAAAAUACCACAGCUAAGAUUCAGGUGUUAGAGUAGCUGGCAGUCUAACUCCCUAGUUCUAAUUUGAGAUAUGAAUUGCAAAGCUUUCAAAUGGCACAGUCAUAUGUACUUCUAAGUGCAUAUUAGCUAUUAAGCUCUCCAGCUGACAGAAUAUUUAGUGUAUAAUGGUCAAAUGGCAACUGUUUAGGAUUAAAUGUGUGACUGGACCGACGCCUUCCAUUUAUAACUGCACUUCAAUGCAGUUGUUAGAGAAAUCUGUUUAACUUGUGGUUUUGCUACUAGCUCUUCCCCAUUCAGGCAUGAUGUAUGGUAAUACUGUUGCUGACCAUUCAUCAAGUGGGAAACAGAUGGCACUAGUUUCCCUUCUAUUGAAGGAUGGUGUUGAAAGGCUGCUCCUGUGAGAAUGGCAGCAAUGAUGCAAAACAAAAUAUUUUCAGAAUAUGUGUUUGAUGCCAGUCUUUGCCAGAACAUUAAUACAUCUUGUUCUACUGUGGUGUAAAUACCAGCUGGUGACAGAGAUCAUCUUAUUAGCGUCUGGAUUUCUGGAAGAAUCUGGGUUAGAAAGCAAAUCACAUUGUUGAUGUUGAUAUGAGUUCUGUUCUUGCCAUGCAGCAGUCAAGAUGUACUUGCUGCAUAGGUUUUGCAGCAUUGUGUCUGCAGGGAGUCAUGGAUUUUCUAAAUAAAAGUACCAGACCAUGAAUUUAACACUGGGGUAGUCAAACAACAUCUAAAAUUGCUGUUUAGAAGUUGAAAAUUCCCAGCUGAGUAUGCUGUUGGGUCUCCAGAGGCUUGUUAAAUGGUGUUCAUAAUAGAGUGUCUCUUGGAGAAGCACAUCAGAUGCUAAGAAACAAAAUACAUACUCCAAGUGUUUGCCUGGACUCUGCUGUGUAUUUACCUUGACAGGGCAGGGAUACUGACCUGAUUUGGAUGUGCUUUAGUUUGCUACGUGUCCCUGAAAACACAGCUGAGGGCGGUAACCAUCCCUCAGUGAGCCCAUUCAGCGGGUCAUGGACUGCGUAACUUCUGCCACCCGCACUGGAUGCUGUGUCUGCUCGUGGCUUCCAGGCUGCUGCUGCGCUGGUGUAGGGAGCAGUGCAUCUCCUGAAAAGCCUGGCAGCAUUUGGGGUGACUUUGCUGCAUAUUUGCACAAGUCAUCUUUGGGAGAAUGUGGGAGAACGUACCCCUAGGUGAGCGUGCUGCAAAUGUGAAGAAAGGAAUACAGCACCUCGAGCCUGUGGUAGACAGCAUGAGCUGGGAUGGGGGGUGAGGGGGGAAGGAGACACCUAUCCCCUCCAUUCUCUCCUAAGCUUGGAGGGUCUCCUUGGCAUUCAGCUUGCAUUAGCCCUUUGCCAUUAACAGGCUUUGCAAAGCCAAGAGAAGCCUUAUGGGGAGUUGACUGAUUUCUUUCUAAGUGUUUUUGUGGUCGUAAUUGCAAGGAGACUCAGCUUCAGUGGGCACGGAGUGGUCUUGUGUGUGCUGUACUGAAAUGUAAACCUACGCACUCUAAGCUGGAUAUGGGUUCCUUAAUGGAUUUUGUGUAAGAGUAUUAACCAAAAAUAUUGGAUACAGUUUUUGCUUUUCCCUCGUUCUCGGCAGCUUGGGAAACUGUGUGUUUAUUUUGCACUGCUGCUGUGCUCUUGAUCUUCCCCUCUGUGGCUGAGGGGGAUGUAUUUUCACCUCUCUAUGUGGAAGACUGUGCUUAGGCCUGGGUGGUUCACUUAGUUUUUGCUGUGGUCCCACAAAAAUGCACAGGAUCUCUUUUCCGUGCACAAAAUCUCUUUGUCAGUGAGGUAAGCGCAGUGCUACAUACAGUUGUUUUGUGGAAGCAUGUUUUCGACCUCACCUGAACCUGCUUUUCAAAUUGUUUUAUUGCCAUAAUGAUGUGGCAAGUCUUGGCAGUGUAGACUGAAGAUUUGAGUUUAAUUUUCUCUGUCCCACUGGAAGAUAUUAGAAUUACACUCCUUACCUUCCUUCAGGUGGAAGAUUUGGGGACAGAUGCCUAUGCCACAUAUAUAAACCAAUAACCCAGGUUGGGUUGCUGGGACUUGGCAAUCCUUGGGCCUGGCAAAUGACUGGGAGUUCCCUCUCACUAGACUAGCCCACAAGUGAUGGAGAUGCUGCUCUCCCAAAAGCCCUGCCUGAGCUCCUGGGUAUUUCAGUAGCAUUUGUGGGAAGGCCAGAUAGUUUUCUGGUAGUUUCUAGGAGAAUAGGACGACUUGGGGUCUUUUGUUUAAGGGAAGAGGGGGAAAUGUGUUACUUGCAGGGCUCCAUCCAAUUUUAAUUUUUGAAAAGCGUAAGUUCUCAGCAGGGGGAACCUGUUCUCAGGGAGCUUCCUGCAGCCAGUGGCCUGUCCCCUCUCUGAGCAGGUAGUAUGUGAUAAGCAGCAGAGGUGGCUGCUCACUCCCUGCAGCAGGUGGUUGAGGCAAACCUUGCACCAGGGUCUGUUCAAAAGAGAACUUCUUGGAACAGUCCUUGCCUGUGUUAUGAGGCAGAUGCUGUGUGGCCUGUGAGGACUUGCUGUGUGUCCAGGCCCAGCGCCAGAAGAGCACCAGCUUUGCUCAGUUGUUGGUUUGGUUUUUUGAAGUGCUGUGGGAACUGUGUUUGCUCUGACAGCUUCUCAUGCCGUGUCAGACUGUGCCUAACAGGAAUCUGCACUGGGGAGUAGCUUGCACCAGGGGAGAACUUGUUUGGUGGUGGGGACACCAUGUGUUGAAAAGGUCUGUGUCGUGGUGACUGCAGUAAAUCCACUUGUGACUAACUUGAAAAGUUUCUGCCUGGAAAACAGCCUCACUGUAUGAUACCUGCUCUGAUAGCAAAUCCUAGCUUAGGAAAAGAAUAGGCAGACCUCUGAGAGUAGGAUGGCAUUUUUGGCUUUCUGUGUUGGUGCCGAGUUUGCAGAGCUGGUGGUUAAAAAAUUCCCUUUAACUGCAGCUCCAGUGUUAUUGGCAGCGAAGCGUGGUAGGCACAUGCUGAGAUGUGCCCCAGGGUCCUGCUCCCUGGCCCUUUUCUAGUAAAGUUUGCUUCCCAUGGAAAGCAGCUGGGUGGGGAAGGCAGGAAGGCGAGAAUGGAGCAUGUGCUGACACGGAGCUGGGAUGUGGCUGGGAUGCUCACCCAGGCCUGAGAACAGAGCAGUGCUCCUGGGUCCUGCAGCACAGACGUGGCCACCGAGGGCUGGGUGGGACUCCACCCUGCUGUUUGUAGAGCGGCUUUUCAGGCUGCUGCUGGGAAGAAAAGAUGUUUGGCUUUCACAAACCGAAGAUGUAUCGCAGUAUAGAGGGCUGCUGUAUUUGCAGAGCUAAGUCUUCCAGUUCCCGUUUCACUGACAGCAAACGUUAUGAAAAGGAUUUCCAGAAUUGUUUUGGGCUCCACGAGGCCCGUUCAGGAGAUAUUUGCAAUGCCUGUGUUCUUUUGGUGAAAAGAUGGAAAAAAUUACCAGCAGGAUCCAAAAAAAACUGGAAUCACGUGGUAGAUGCCAGGGCUGGACCCAGUCUUAAAACAACAUUGAAACCAAAGAAAAUGAAAACUCUGUCUGGAAGCAGAAUAAAGAGCAAUCAAAUCAGCAAACUGCAAAAGGAAUUCAAGCGGCACAAUUCUGAUGCCCACAGCACGACUUCCAGUGCCUCCCCGGCUCAGUCGCCCUGUUACAGUAACCAGUCCGACGAUGGCUCUGACACGGAGAUGAGUGCUGGGUCCAGCAGAACACCAGUUUUCUCCUUUUUAGAUCUCACAUAUUGGAAAAGGCAAAAGGUCUGCUGUGGAAUUAUUUACAAAGGUCGUUUUGGGGAAGUCCUCAUAGACACUCAUCUCUUCAAACCUUGCUGUAGCAAUAAAAAGUCUGCCACUGAAAAGCCAGAACAAGAAGGACCACAGUCUCCAGCAAUCUCCACCCAAGAGGAGUGGUGACUUCCUUGGAUAGCUGCAGAAGGUUACUCAGAUCCUCUUAUUCUCUGGAAAAAUACUAGAAGAGUGACUGUUCACUUUGGACACCUGCUAUGCUGCCAAAAGACUAUUCCCUAGAACUGUUUUGGGUUUUACUGCUACAAUUCCACAAACUCUGAAGCCAGUUUGUAUCCUUUCAGAAAGACUGUACAUAAUAUUUAAGAUGCUAUGGAACACUUGGCAAAGCUGAAUGCUGCUGCAAGGUUGUCUGAUCUUCCCCCCACACUCACUUCACAAGUGAACGUGAGGAUGGGGUUUUGUAUAUUAAAGUAUAUGUAGUUCAUGUUUCUGUAAUUGAAAGAAGCAGUGGUUGUAAGGCUUUUUUUUUUUUUUUCUUUAAAAGUUGAUUGGUAAACUCCCUUAAAUCCCCAAGAAAAUAUUUCAUUCUUAGACAUGUAUGAGUCAAUAAGAUGAACUAAUACAUAGAAAUGUUAUAAGUCACCUCUCUAGUUAUAUAAAUAUAUAUUUUUAAAGGUGUGGAGAUUUCACCCUGUACUACUGACGUAACAAAGACAAAUAUUUUGUCCCUCCCUCGUGACACAGACUGGUAAACUGCAGACAUCUCUACUACGAGUGGUAGCUUGCUGAGAAGGCCUCUAACAUACAGUCCUCCUCAGAAGGGGUGGGAGAGCUCUCCACCUUAGCUGAGGAGGAACAUAGCAAAAUGGGAGGUUACUUUGUUUUAAGCCAUCACCAGACACCCUGGGCAUGGUGUAGUAACCAGCUGGUGGUUAGAGAUGGACCAAGAGACAUCUUGAUGCCUAGGUUAUAUGUAAAUGAUGGCCAGAACUGAGUAACUGCUCUCAGUUGGCCCAGUGCAGCUGAAAUGUGACCACAAACAGGACUCCUCCUGGUUUUGGACCUGACAUAAAACCAAACCCCUUGCUAAGCAAAUCAGGCUCUGGUCCAGGGACAUAAUCUGAUUGCAGCCUGGGGUCUGGAUUCACAGUUGCUCUUUUGAAACCCUUCCUCUGCAGUGCUUCUCUGUGUUUGGGUUUUGUUUUUUCUGUUUGUUUGUUUAAGCAGCUGCCAGAUCAACGCUUUUGUGAAUACUGAAUAUGAAAAGUUCUGUUAAGAAUGGUGCUGUGCUGAAUCAAGGCAGAGCUCUGUUUGCAUUCGCGAUCAAAAGAUAAUACUUUCUACAUAGAUUCCCAGACAAGCUCAUGUGCAAAUCACUGUGACACUCCUUCAAGCUCCCCUUGGCCUUUGUGGGGUGGAAGCAGCUUCCUGGAAGAUCGUGCUGCAGUUUUAGCUCCCAGUUGCUUCAUGUUCCUUUUAUGAAGGUUUAACUUGUGUGAGUUGGGAAUUCUGCUUUUUGUUUGGUUGGUUUUUUUCCUGGUUUUGGGGGGAGGGGGGAUUUUUUUCUUACAAUUACUCUUUUGGGAUAUCCUGCAAUGGAUUGCUACAUGGUGUGAUUCUUGGGGCUGUCCUGCACAGGGCCAGGAGUUGGAGUCGAUGAUCCUGAUGGGUCCCUUCCAACUCAGCAUAUUCUAUGAUUUUUAGCUUUCCUUUUUGUGAGAGUCAUCAGCAUAAUACUGUGGUGGGUAGGGUCUAGGACUGGAUUUCCAAGUAGUCUCCAUUCCUGAAGUGGGAAUACUUAGCAAAUGAAAAUAUAGAUAGGGAAAGAUAUGCAGGUUUUAAGAGGAGCCUCUGCCCUCAAAGCUUUUUUUUUUCUUUCUUUUUUCCUCUCCUUCUGUUGGGUAAUCCAACCUCUGGAGAGAAAGAAAAUCAGGGGAAACAGGGCUUUGACUUAUCACAGCCUUACAGCUUAGAGCUUUCAUUGGACUUAUUUUGCUUUUCCUAAACUCUGGAGGUUCUGAAGGGAGGACAAAGCUGCUUACCUUGCUUUCAUCCUCAAUGAAAUAGAAUCAUUUGGGUUGGAGAAGACCUAAGAUCAUCGAGUCCAGCCAUAGAUAUAUAAUGGAUACUUGGUUGUAUAAAAGCAUAACUAGGUUGAUCAUGUCCAAAAAGGGCUUGAGCAAGAGUCCUUGCUAGUUUUGCUGACACCUGUUUCAUAUGAAUUUGUGUUUUCAGCAUCAGUAAUUCUGUACACCUAAGGCUGCAGUAUUGGUGGUAGGAUGUGCUCUGAUACAAAUCAUCUCUUCUGUAUUUAUUUAUUUAUUGCUAGAUUUCAACCACCAACUGCUUCCCCUACUCCUUCCCACCUCUUCCAUUCCUGGUAGUAAUGCAAAAUGAACUGUAUGUAGUCAUGCACUUUGUAUUAAUGUAUUAGAAAUCUAUGGAACCUGUUUUGUACUUUUAUACUGUUCAGACACUUGUAAUCCAACCUUUUUUUUACUAGGGUAAUGAAUAAAUUUAGACUUAUUUAGAAAAUAAGCAACUUCUCCCCUGUUUGUUUCAACUCUCUUCUGCUAAUUAGACUUGGUGUUGGAACCAGGCCAGACAACCCAUGUUUCUAUUUGAACAACAC